AUGUCUGACCCUAUUGAUCAACUUUUUGAUUCUCUUAUUGUUCAUAAUCAAUCUUAUGACCUCCUAAUUACUAUGUUUCUUCGCAAGAUUUUCCUUAAUAUUCACGAGUUGUAUUUGGUUUUUCUUAGUACUCUUUCUUCUGAUGAGGUUCGUCCUUAUCCUUCCGAUUUCUUCCUUUACUUUUCUUGUGGUGAUUAUGAUCUUCUUUCUUUUCUCGACUUUGGUCAUUCUCGGGAUACUUAUACUUUUCUUGAGAACCGUUCUUCUUCUCUUGAAGAUUUUAUCUUCUUCCUUUAUGAAAGAAGUAAUAAGAAGGCUUUUUCUUUAGUUUAUAAGCGCUUUCAUGUUCACUUUAGUACUCUUAAUGGUGCUCCUUUUCAAUGGGAUAAAGACUUUUUCGAUCCUGAUUAUAAGUUUAGUCGAACUAUUAAUCGGACUAUUCGUGUUGCUUCUGUCCUUAAUUGGGAUGGUUAUGGAAAGGAUACUAUUUCUCUUGACGAUCUUAAUUCCGGUCUCCAUAGUCUUUCUUUUAAUGAUGUUUCUUUAGAUGGUUGUAAUUCUGAAGAUAAUCCUUUCAAGUCUUUUAAUCCGGAGUAUGAUUCUUUUGAUGUUUAUCGUUCUCAAGAGGAAAGAGAAGAUCGUAUUAAUAAUCAAUUUUAUUCUGAUA